GGCCGUGACGUGCGGCGUGCGGCGUCAGAGGAGACGUCGACGAUGAUGUCAGCACGUGGUCAGCACUGUUGCCGAAGCGAAAAAGACGAAAUCGGUAGACAGUGUCGUUGAAAUUCAGGUACAGAAUCGGUCGGAGGAAAAAAUCAGGACCACAACACAGGUUUUUUUGAGGGCAUCUGUUCCUGAAAAAAGUUUUUUCAGAGCUGUAAUGAAAGAUACGAAAAUGUUGAACAACUUAGCAUCUUAUUGUACUCACAACUCCGAAAAACCGCCGACGUCUCAGGAACCUCCUAAGGAUGAAGUUGGGGGCUACGCAAAGGCAUUCCAGAAGUUUGAACAAAUAAAAGACGAAAGCUCAAAACCAGUUAGCUAUAAUUUUGCUUCGCUACUCAGAAACUCAAAGCUUAUUGAUUUAGGUGAUCCUGAAGGAAAAAUAGUUACUGGGAAAAUAUUUCAUAUCAUAGACGAUGAUUUGUAUAUAGAUUUUGGUUGGAAGUUCCAUUGUGUUUGUGGUAGGCCAAAGAAAAAUGCUAGUUUUUAUGUUAGAGGAGCAAAAGUCAGACUACGCAUCAAAGAGCUAGAGCUGUCUUCAAAAUUUUUGGGUUAUGAAAAGGACCUCACAUUAUUAGAAGCAGAUUGUGAACUUCUUGGGCUGGCACAGGAUAGAAGUAAAAUUGCCUAGCAGUAAGUUAUUAACAGUACAAUGUAUAUAUGUAGGUUUUUUAUUACAAAAAGUAAUUGUGUAAUUUGUUACUAUUUAUGUUUCAUUAAACAUUUCUUUUAGAUAAAUAAUAGUGUUAUGCAUUAUAAAGAGCUUAUGAAAUAUUCCAUCCUUUAACUACCAUUUGAACUUCUAAAAAAUUUUCAUGAUUUUGGUCCGUAAUUUUAUUUUGUUUCCAAAUGAAGUUCCCUACGUUCUAAAACAUAUUUCACAUUAUAGUCUAAGUAAAAUGAAUUACAGCACUAAAAACAUGCUACAUAUAUCCCAAAAAAUAAAAAAGUUAUGCUACCAAGAAGUUUGAUAUUUGCAAACAUAUCUGGCUGGUGAGUGUACAAUACAGGCUAGGUCACACUGGCCCAGUCAACUUGCUUCGACUUAUUUGCGAACAUAAUACAUAUUUUCUGUGAUUUUGGAGGGGUUCUGCCAGUUUUAUCAUAACUUGUUUUAGUAGAUACUAAAUGGUAUCGUACCAUCCAUGCAUGUAGAACUAUUAUAUUAAGCGGUCCACAGUGUUACAUAAAUAUGUGUGUGUGAAUAUCCAACUGACAAAUUAUUAAGGCAUUGUACCUCACUUCAGGCAACAGUUUUUGUCCUUAUUCAAAGGGUAUACAUAUUAAAGAGUGGAAUACAAGUGAAAUAGUGGAAUUAAUAGAGCUGAGUAAGUUCCUUUUCCAACUAUCCAACCAACAUUCUUCUGUUGAUGGUUAAUAUGACUCCUCAGAUAUUGAGCUAGAAUUUAUAUAGAUUGAUAAAAUAACUAUGAUUGUGAUCAAUGGGUGGUGUAUGUUAAAACAGUGUGAUUCCAAUUCAAAAGCUAGUUUUUAUAUAAAGGUAAUAAAGAGUAUUGGAACAUUUAUUUAUUUUGUUAGUUAAUGGAAAUCAAUUUGUUUUUCACUGGUGAUUUAUAAUUAACUAAUAAAAAUUUUCGAUAG